ACAUCAAUCGUUUUCAAAUGGCUGCAAUCACGCUAAGUAGUUGUUAGUUACGAGAAGGCAGAUUACUGCCAAUCAUUUUGUGCACUAUUGAACGCCUUGGGCGCCAAUCAAGUUUAUGCAAUUUCCUAUAUAGUCAGCACAUAAGCUCCCUAACGGCGUCAUUCCGAUUCAAAUACACUUAACGGGAGGAAGCAGCUUCGUUUACAAUCUUCUAUAAUGGCGAAAAGAUCGAGCAUGGGUGCGGUGAUCCAUGGUGUUGAAGACAUGCGGAUGGAAAAAGUUCCAAUCCCUACACCGCGCGAUAACGAAGUUCUACUGGAGAUAGAUUGCGUCGGAAUAUGCGGAACGGAUGUACACGUGCUCACCCACGGUGGAUUCGGCGAAUACGUCCUAAAGAAGCCCAUGGUCAUUGGACACGAAUCGUCUGGAGUGGUGAUCGGAACCGGGAAGGCCGUUAAACGUCUCAAAGUAGGUGAUCGUGUCGCGGUAGAGCCCGCUAUAGGCUGUAAAGUGUGCAAGCUGUGUAAGGCCGGUCGAUACAAUCUUUGUCCGGAUGGUAUUUACAGUGCCACUCCGCCGAUUCACGGAUCGCUUCAAAACUAUUAUACGCAUCCCGAAGAUUGUUGCUUCAAGUUACCGCCGAAUGUGACCAUGGAAGAAGGUGCCCUUCUGGAACCACUUGCCGUCGGCGUCCACAGCUGUAGGAUCGCAGAUAUUCAGCUUGGUUCAAAUGUUCUGGUUUUUGGUGCUGGACCCAUCGGAAUGGUGACCAUUUUGGUAGCAAAAGCUAUGGGUGCAGACAAGGUGUGCGUUCUUGAUCUGGUGCAAAGUAAGUUGGAUAUUGCCAAGGAGAUCGGAGCGGAUUACACACUGCUGAUCCAGAAAAGCGACAACGAAGAUGACAUUGUCAAAAAAAUUCAUGGACUCAUGGGUUGCGCCCCGGACAUUUCAAUCGAAUGUACCGGAGCAGAACCGUGUGUCCGUUUGGCAAUUUUGGCCACUGAAAUUGGAGGAGUUGUGACACUAGUUGGUAUCGGUAAUACCAAUAUGAAUCUACCCAUCACGAUCGCCCUGGUACGAGAGGUGGAAAUACGAUCUGGAUUUCGGUAUGCCAAUGCCUACCCGGCUGCGCUCGCCAUGGUCGCGAAUGGAACAAUUGAUGCAACCCGGCUCAUUACGCAUCACUUCAAUCUGAAUGAAUCGCUGGAAGCAUUCAAAACAGCUCGCUACGGCUUGGAGGGUGCAAUCAAGGUCAUGAUCCACUGUCAACCUCGUAAUAAAAACAAUCUAGUUAAGAAACUGUAGAAAUCACAACAACAAAAAUCCAAUUGCGUAUUACAUUAUAUGCUAUAUUGAUAAAGUGGGAGUCAUUAUACCACUGUGAAUUAGACAUGUGUCUACCGAUUACUUUAUCUACGGCUGGAACAUCAACGUACAUAUAUAUGUCUGACCGGAGCUCAGACAGGGGCUCGUUUAGCGAUGACAUAUGUGUUCUGCCAUACGCCUGUCGGAGGGGGAAAUUAUGUCAUUUUCACAUUAUCAGGCUAUAUGACCUGCGUGUGCGGAGUAAUUAUUGAAUUAUUAAUCAAGAGCUGUUUACUAGAUCAUAGGUUCUCAAACUGUGGGUCGCAAUCCUCAUGGGGAUCGUUCGCUGAUAUUUUGGUCGUCGCGAUUUGAUUCACUCUUUAGUCUCUAUUUCGUUCUCAAGAUGAAUACUAGCUUUUAAACUCAGUAAUGAAUCCCAUUAGAGAACUAAUUUUACGAAGUCAUUUGAUUGUUACCCAUGAAGUAGCAUUCCGGAUUUUUCCCUCAUGUCGGUGUUUGAAUCAAACAUGGUAAAAAUCU